UCUCUCUCUCUCUCUCUCUCUCUCUCUGAUACACACAAAUUCAAUGUUUUACCCAACUCACUCACCACCACCAUUUCCUCUUCAAUUUCCCCCAAUUUCAUCACUUCUCUCAUUUCCAGGUUAUGGAAGAGGAUUCCACAAGUGCAAUCGAGGCGGAGAUUGGCGGCGCCGGCGAUGAUUUCAGCGUCGACGAGCUCCUCGAUUUCUCCAACGGCUAUUCCGACACCGAAGAGCAGAAAUUGGAAGAAACGGAGCUGAAACCCUCGCCUCUUAUUCCGGAGAAAGAAGAAGCGGCUUUUCCGGAGAACGACCUCGGCGAGAUCUGCUUUCAGGCGGAGGGUUUGGAGAGUUUAGAAUGGGUGUCGCAUUUCAUGGACGACUCCUUCCCCGACUACGCCCUCGCCGCGGAGAAAUCGGUGGCGGCGCCGCCGUGCUUCACGAAUCCGGUCCAGACCAAGGCGCGGACGAAGCGCGUGUGGCACGUGUCCUCGUCGGAUUCGCAGAAGCGAAGAAAGGCGGGCGUCGGGGCGGCGGCGCAGGGGAGGAGGUGCAGCCACUGCGGGGCGACGAAGACGCCGCAGUGGAGGGCGGGGCCGGAGGGGGCGAAGACGCUGUGCAACGCGUGCGGCGUGAGGUACAAGUCGGGGAGGCUGGUGCCGGAGUAUCGGCCGGCGUGCAGCCCGUAUUUCUCGACGGAGAUGCAUUCGAACAAUCACCGGAAAGUGUUGGAGAUGCGGCGGAAGAAGGAGAUGGAGAUGGAGAUUUCUAAUUCCGAUGGAAUUUUGUGACUGUACAUUCUUUUAAUGGACCUCUAUGUUUAUUGAUAGUUGAGAUAGGAAAAAACACUUUUCUAUGUAAUUCCAAUUCUAAUUUCUCUUUUUUUCAA